AUGGGGCUGCUACUUGGAGCCAGUGUCCUGUUGCUGGCUAUGCUCAGAAGUGCUAAGUCUCAAGGAGAGUUCUGUCACCGCUGGAUGGACAGCACAGGGCUAUUACAUGGAGGCUUCCUAUGCCCGGAGGGAUAUGAUAAACCCACUGCUACCUUCUGCUGUGGAACCUGUUCUCUACGCUAUUGCUGUGCUACCCUUACGGCUCGACUGGAUCAGGGACAGUGUCCAGAGGACAUUACCUGGGACCCCAAAGAGGCUAUGCUCCCACCUCCAGAAGGAUCCAUCUACCUGCCCUUAGUCAUUGUGAGUGGCACCUUUGUCACUUUCAUCCUAUUGGGAAUCCUCGCUGGUGUUGCUUGCUUCCGUUGCCUUCGGUCUCAGAGAAGAGAUGAACUUUGCACUGCACCUCAAAACCCUGAAGUUACUGUGCUGAGCUCUACUCCCACUCAUAGGAGAAACGUCUCAGGAAGCCCACUGCUCCGCCCCAAACCUGAUGCUGGUCCAGCCCUGCCUUUCACCACCCAGGAAUACCCAGAGAGUACCAUCCGUACCAUCCCCAAGGCAGUCACAAGGCCUUUUCACUGGCCCCUGCUUGAGUCUUCCCAGAUACCAUCUCUAACUACAAGUACAGCUAUUGUUCUACCACCUUCUCCCCUACUGAGUGGCACAAUUUCUUAUGGACCAGCCUCUGGUCCACAUCCCACAGGCACUACUUGAGAACCCCUUGCUGUAUUCAGAGGCUCAUUGUUUAUAGAAUAAUCAAGCAAAUCCAAAACAAAUCUCAAAUCAGUCCUGGACCUUGAAGUUGAUUUUCUGUUUUCUAAAAACUUGGCUUGCCUUUCAGAUGGACAAGUGUCUUCUGUCUGUUUUUUUUUAAUAGAAUCACUCUAUGGCUGCUGCCAUUGCUUUUUCAUAAAGACACGGGACUUCACUUAGAAACAGUAUAAUUUAGCUGAUAAUUUGGGCAAAUUAUUUCUACAGUGGGAAUGUUCUCAUAAGUUUCCAUGUGAUCUUAAGGUUUCUAAAUGCAUUAAAAAUGUUUAUAUGCUAAGGGAAAUGGGUAAGAAGAGGAUUUCAUUUGUUCUGAUUAAUGUUCACUGCAGUGUUAGCCAUUUAAGCUUUCAUCUGGAGCCCUGCCUCCAACAAGACAGAUGAGAGAGUUUAAGGAUUCAGCUCACUCUGGGAGCAAUGGAACUUUAACUGUCAGCAUUAAAUACAUGCAUAUAUGCAUAUAUAUCUUCUUUUUCAGACCAAUAUUGAAGGGAGAACUCUAAAGACAGCUAGAGGUCAAUGGUGACUGUACCUGCAUUUCACAAGACAAAGCAAGAUUUCUAGAACAGGACUGUAGGCUGUGAAUUUUAAAAGCGGUGGGAAAGGAUCCAUUGUCCUUUCCUUAAGAGAUAAAGCCUUCUGGUACUAAUAGAUGGUCUGACCUCUGAAAUAUAAGUAAUACAAAAUACUUUGCCAGAGGUAAAUACAAAGAUCUUCCCCAGAGUAAUCUAAAUGGUUUAAUAUUCAAGUGUUUUUACAAUUGCUAAUGAACAACUCCCUCAAGCACCAAUCAGAUGGAGAGAGUUAUUUAUAAUUAACUUAGGAAUAUAUUCUUCUCACCCUGAGACCACUGAAGCCUGGAUUAGUGACCUCAGGGACCCCAGAGUGAUUACUGGUUUAGUAUUGAUCAAAUUUUUAGAAUAAUUAGAAAGGUUGCUAAAGAGGUUGAAUUUAUAGGAAAUAAAACUAAUGUUCUUCUCA